AUGUUAGCUAAAUAAAUAUUCUUAGCAAAGGCAUAAAAUAAGCCUCAAUAAACAGGAAAAAUUGAAUUUCCAACUCUUUUGGAUUUGACUAUAGAGUAGGUGGCUCUAAAUUUUGAUCUUUAUUCUUAGUUGCCAGGUAUUCCAGAAAAAAUAAAACAUUAAGUAUUUCAUCUUAAUAAUCAUUAGAUUAUAUCAAAAGCACCAAAAACUUUACCUGUUACAAUCACUUACAAUAGUAUUGAAGAUGAGAAUUAUUGGAAACAAGCAUGUGAAACUAAGUGGAAAGGCACUCAUAGAACAAUUAAUAUAUGCAAACAUAGUUACAGUUAUAAAAUUGCUUAUAUGGAAAAUUUCCUUGAAGAAUACUUCAAAUCAAUAAAAGUAAGUGUUUAUAUGAAAAAUAGAGUUUAGAAUCAUAAUAAGAAAAAGAUGAAUUACAAGCAAUAUUAAAAGCAGUCAAUAAUUGGGUUUAUUCCCUUAAUAUAUCAUAAACUUAAUGCAAUAUUGAUAUUGGAUUUUUAUGCCAAUACUUACCAUGUCUAUAGAAUUUGACAGUUAUAUAUGGAGUUAAAGUAAAUAUUAAAUUAUUAUAUUUUCAUUUAGACUAGUGGAAUUGAUUAAACAAGAAAGGAAAUCUUGGGUAUGAAACUAAGUCAAGCAGCUGAAUUAGGAGAAGCAAUCUCUAAACAUUGUAGAAAUCUUGUAUCUUAUAUAAAUUAUAUUAGUAAUCCUUAUCUUUACCUUCUAAUUUAAUUGAUGAUGAUUUAUUAAGAUUGUUGAUGACAGGAAUAAAUCUUGAUAUAUCCAUAAUUGAAUUAAAUCUAUCACAUAAUAAAAUCGGAGAUUAAGGGUAAAUUAAUAUAUAUUAUUUUUAUAAGGGUUAUACGGAUAGCAAAAUAUUUAAUGAGAUCAGAAAUACUACUUAAAUUGGAUUUGUCUAAUAAUGCAAUUGGAUUAGUUGGAUCUAAAAAUUUAGCAUAUGCUCUAUUAUUUAAUAAAUCACUUGAACAUUUGAAUUUGUCAUUAAAUUCAUUUAAUGAUAUUGCUGGUGCUAAUUUCUUUAACAAACUUAGUUAAAACAAAAGUAUCCAACAUUUGAAUUUAUCUGCUAAUUAAUUGGGUAGUUUAACUGCUGAAAUGCUUGAAGUAUAUUUAUCAGAUUCUUCAUGCACUUUACAAUCCUUAAAUAUUAGUAAUAAUAACUUUAGUGAAAAUAAUGAUAAUAAAGAUAAAAAUAUAUAUGAAAAAUUGAAGACAGGUUUAACAAAGAAUACAAGUUUAAUACAUUUUGAUAUUUCUCAUUCUAAAUUUAAAAGAAGUAAAUGACUUGUUUUAAUUAAGUUAAUGCUGAGAAGGAAUUACAAGAUAUAAUUGUUUAAAGUAGAUUAAAAUAGAGAAAAAUUCCUUUUGUUUCAAAGGAGGAAUUCGAAUAACAAUAAGCAUAGAAUAAAUUAAGUAAUAAAAUUAUUAUAUUUUAGGAAAGGAAAAGUUAGAAAAAGCAAAAACAAAAUAAGUAGAAGAAGUAAUCUCACCAUAAUGAA